UUUACCAACUGUAAGUUGCCACACACAAAUUGACUACCGUAUAUUUGAAUGUAGACCAGGGGUCCCCAGACUUACCGGCGUUUGGGCCGGUUCCCACCGCGCCGAUCGCCCGGUGGGCGGGGGAGUGCGCGCCCGUGCGCAUGCGCACGGGCGUUUACUGGCGUGGCGGCGCACUUCCAGGGUGGAAAAAGCGCCGAAAAUCCGUUGUGCGCAUGCGCGUGGGCCUCCCCCGACCCGGAAGUGCACCAGAAAUGACUUCUUCCGGGUCGGGAGAGGCCCAUACGCAUGCACACAAAGGAUUUUCGGCGCUUUUUUCCCAACCCGGAAGAGCGCUGCCGCGCUGCGCGCCGUAAGAGCGGGCGGUGGGGGCGGGCGGCGGGGGUCGUCGCGGGCUGGAUUGGCAGGCUAAUUGGGCCGCAUCCGGCCCCCGGGCCGUAGUCUGGGGACCCCUGAUGUAGACCCUCUGUCCCAUUCACUCAGCAACAUAGUUUCAAUAUGUUCUUUUCCUCUUUAGGCCUGAGACCAUGCCUUCCACAAAUUAUUAAAGCAAGGAAAAACAUCUGCAAUGAAAUACUCUCCUUUCUGCUCCUUUAUUACUGAAUCAAUUGUAAAAAUGCAUUGUCACAUACCGUACAUAGCCGUUGUCCUAGAACUUUCACAACUAUCCCUUCCCACAGGGAACACUUUAGCAGUAUUGUUUCCCUUAAUAAGAAACUACUGAAAUUGUUUGGGUUUCAAAGUGUUAUUUCUACCAGAAGAUACUCUACAACAAAUAGUAAUUCUCAUCUGACAUGUCUUUCUCUAAGCUUCAGUUUUUCUUAAAACUAUUCUUUGUGGAAUGACUAGGUGUGAAAUUGUAUGCGUUGCUGCUGCUUGUGUUUAAUGCGUAGUAAGCAGGUUCCAGAAACAAUUUAUUGGCGUUGUUCAAACAUAAUGCCAACACAUGUGCCUGUGCAUGGCAAUUCCCUCUCCUUUUUCAGUUUUAGGUAAAUCACAGUCAUUUUGGGUGGCAAGCUACGGUUUUUCAAGCCAGGAAAAGAGGGAGAGGAAUUGGGACAGAAGCAGAGGGGAAGUGCAUUAGUCCUGCUAACCUUCAUGUACUAACUUCUUGGGUACUGGGUAACUUAAGAAAAGAUGGGAAACACUUCUAAGUUAGUUUCAGGCACAAGCAAGAAUUGAAAGCAGAGAAAAAAGGGUUUGGGGGUGGGGUGGGGAAUACCACCACCAUUUUAUAAAUGUUUCUAGUGGUACACAGAUAAGCACAAAUAACAUAGUUAAUCAAAAUACCCAUUUCAAAAACCGGUACAGUUCUGAAGUUGGGUAUGAGCAGUACCGUCCUGAAUGCAUUGAAGCUACAUGUCACAAGUUCUGGAUUUUAAGACACUGAAUUGCAGAGAAUUGGGCCCACUGCAAAUUGUGGAGCAUCCUGUUCACCUUAGUGGUGUUCUAUUAAAGGAGCAAUUAUGGUAAAAAGUAUGCAAGGAGGCUAAAAUAGCCAGGAGCAAAUGUUGUGAAGAAAGUAAAAGAUGGCAACAAACUUUUUGGGGGAAUUUUGGGUGAAGGCUUCAGCACAUAAGCAACCAUCAUGGAUAAUGCAUUGCAAGAAAUGCAGGGGUUGAAAACAACUUCUUGGCCUAAAAGGACAUCAAGAAUAGCUUUGUAUAUUCCUAUUAUGGCUUGGAAAUGCUCAACACUAGUGAAGCUUUGGAAUGUGUAGUUAUCUAGAAGAACUUGUAGACCAGUCAAUUAUUCCUAUUCUAAAUUAUACAUACAAACUAUAAUAAUAUUUGAGAGGUAAGGAUUUUUAUUAAGGGUUUAGGAAAGAACUAGCAUUUUUUUUGUUUUAAACUAUACAAUAAUAUUGCUUCAUCUUAGAAUUUAUAAAUGGUUCUGUGGUGUUAUGCACAGUAGCCACAAUCUAAUCUAAAAAUGUAAUUUGCAUGUUAAACUGGCAUGUGCAUAUCUAGAGUUUGGAUGCCAUUUUAAAUGGCUAAGUCCUUGCACAUCUAGACUUGUUCAGCUGAAGCAACUGCACUAAACUUAAUACAAACAAAACAUUUUUAAAUGUCCAAACUUUUCCAGCAUUUUGUAAAACAGGCUUAUUUGGGGAAUUUUGCAUUUAGUUGUCCUUUGUAAUUUUCAUUAGAGAUUUCCCCCACCACACUUGUUUUAAGGCAUGGGUGAAUUAAAGGAGCAAUUAUGGUAGAAAGUAUGCAAGGAGGCUAAAAUAGCCAGGAGCAAAUGUUGUGAAGAAAGUAAAAGAUGGCAACAAACUUUUUGGGGGAAUUUUGGGUGAAGGCUUCAGCACAUAAGCAACCAUCAUGGAUAAUGCAUUGCAAGAAAGGCUACAGCAGUCAUCCUUGACCAGUGGUUAUGCUACCUGUGCUUUUUAAGACUAGGAUUCAAACAUCUAGUGGCCCAUAGGUUCCUUAUCCCCUGCUUUUGAAGAUGGUUUCUAAUAUGGAGGUCAUGAAUUUUGUUUCCCCCUUCCAUAGAUGUUUCAGGUUUGAGAACAGACUGUGCUGAAACAUUAAGGCAUCCUAGUAGCAAUAUGAAUGAAGUUUCACUGUGCAAUAAGGGGCAACUAAAAGCAACGUUAUUUCAGCAUUCCUUUCCAGGGUUACAGUUUGAUACCUACAUGUAAAUAAAUGUUUUAUGCAGGUUUUUCCUAGGUUAAACUAAGGAUAUUCCUUUAGUGAGAGGAAGGGGGAUGACAGCUUCGAAAGAAAUAAGGCAGUCACUCUCUUAACUAACCAACCAACCCUGUUUUAGUAUAACUAGUCAUCUUAAGGUGCUCCUUUAUUCGCAGCAGCACCAUCUUAAGGAAAUCGACAGGUAGUUUGCAACUGUUUUCUUGUUGCCCUUUCCCGCUGGCGUUCGUUCUCCUGCUGGGCUUGGAUGCUUGAGGUCGUUCACCCUAGAAACAGAGUGUCUGCAUGCGAUUCGUUCGAUUCGUUCAUGUGUGCCUGGCGUGUGGCGCCCCCCGCGCUGGACAAGGCCUCUCCCUGUUCCACGUUGCCCUUCUGCUCCCCUGAGCUGUGCCCAUGCUCUGCUUGCUGAUGCUGCUGCCGCCUUCUCAGCUCCUCCCGGAAGAUGGGCGGCAGCUGGUUCACGUACUCGCGCCACUGCACUUUGCUCGCGUGCCCGCGCUUCGGAACCGAGGGGUGGAUUUCGUCGUGCACCGGCGGCAGGGAAGUGGCGGACGGGCCGUGGAAGGACUUGGCCCUCCCAAUGUCCCACGACGAUUGCAUUGGCUCCAGCCGGGCCGGCGACACGCAGCUGAAUCCGGUGGCGGUGGAAGCCAAAGUGCACGACAGGAAAGCCAAGAAGAGGCUCUGCCCGGGGCUGGCCGACAAGCCUUUCAGCUCUGGCUCGUUGUGCAGCCGCUCGCGUAUCAGCGCCAAGAGGCACGAGCCCAGCGCCGCCGUGCACGCGAUCAUCAUGGCGGUGAGGCAGUGCAAGAGGGGCACCAGCGAGCGGCACGCGCGCGCCCCGAUGAAGUCCAGCGCCAGAGCCAACGAGCCCGUCAGCACGCUGAAGAAGCAGCAGGCGGCGAUGGCCAGCAUGAUCGGGCCACCGGACGGGCCCAGCAGCGGCGUGCCCGGAGCCGGGUUGUCCUGCCGUAUCGCCCAGGACGCCCCGAGCACAAUCGCCCUCCUCUUCUUGUCUUCCACCAGCACCCAGAUGGGGUAGGCGGCUGCCGUGCCCAGCACCGCCAGCGCCAUGCUCUGAGCCAGCGCCGCCGCCAGGCUCCCUUUGCGCCGGAGCCGGUUUCGCCUCAGCAGCAUGAGCCGGAUGAUCUUCGACUCCCCGAGGCUGGCCUUCUCCAUGGCGACAAACUUCGGGAGACGCGCCGAGGCGAAAAACUUUGGGAGCCUCGCCUAGGACGGCCAGUGUCCUCAGGGGCGGCUUCUGCCCUCGCUUGCCUCUGAGGGAACCGAGACCCGUUAGUCUCGUAAGGGUAGUUGACGGUUGGGGUGGGGAGGGGAGGGGGGCGCGAGGCGCAAAAAUGGCGCCCUGCUUUUCCCGCCUGAUUUUUCUGAGGGCUCGAGCGUUUUGUUAAAAGGUAAAACACACGCCACGCAGGUGUGUAAAAUAAUGCACUGUGUGGCGAAUGUGUGUAUAUAAGGGAUAACUUUUUUUUCUCCCUCAGCUUUUUUCUCCCUCUUAAGGCAGCCCUGUUUAGGGAAGCUUUUAAUGUUUGAUGGAUUUCUGUAUUUUAAUGUUUUGUUGGAAGCCGCCCAGGGGGAACCCAGCCAGAUGGGCGGGGUAUAAAUAAAUUAUUAUUAUUAUUAUUAUUAUUAUUAAUCGACGUUGUUUCGGAAUCCGGAGCCAUCCCGUUAGAAGAAAUGAAGCACAUACCGGUAGUUAAAGCUAAAGGAUUUGUUCUCAAAAGCUGUGGUGAAGGCCACCAGCUUUCAAAGGGGAUUGGCCAAAUUCAUUAAAGAUAAGGCUGUCAAAAGCUACUAGUCAUCAGGACUAUGUGUUGUCCCCAGUGCCAAAGGCAGUGUUUGGGUGUCGUCGUCCCCCUUAAAAUCCAAUUCUUCGGCCUAAAAAACUUCUGAGGGCAGUUUAUAACCAAAAAAAACAAACAAACUGGGGCCUCCCCUUAAACUUCAAAUCUGAAAAGACACUAUGCAAAACAAAAACCGAUUGGGAGGGAGGAGAAAACUCGGUUUUCCAGAGCUCUUUCAUCCAGAACAUUUUACACUGCCAGAGUUCAUUCAUUAACAUGUUGUGAACAUGUUCCAACACACAUGUGCAGAAUCUCCUACCAUCCUUGACUAAUGGUAGCUCACACAUAUAGGAUGAAAAACUUAACUGCUUUCUAGGGACAGAGUGUGAUUUGUUGUCAGGCAUCUGAUCUGGCAUCCUGCCUUUUAGUAAUUAAAUACAGUUGAGAAUUUUUUGUUCUUAUAUGAAAGUUACAAUUUUAGAAACAACAAACCAUGAGAGCCACUAUUAAAGAUGAGGCAAUGUACUGACAACUACCAGAGUUAAUGAGAAGGGAAAGCUCCUUAAAUUCCAUUAAGGACACCAGUGUCAAACACUCAGAAAAUUAGUACUGUAGUGUCCUAUUGUAAAUUUACAAAAGCAGAUUUAUAAAGUUACAAAUUUUGUCACACACAUUAGUAAGUGCACUCUAACAGUAUUGGGAGCCCUGUGCAAUGUGGACAAAUGGGUGCUUAUUCAAGACUAUGUUAACACUCCCCCCCCCAAAAAAAUAUUGAUUAAAUAAAAUGCUUUCUUUCACUGACGAUGUAUAAUUCAUGUUUUCCAUUCUCGGCUUACAUCACACUGUUUUCUGUAUCUGUUUGUCUUAGCUGGUUCUUGGCAAUCUCAAAUGUGUUGUUGUUUAGUCGUUUAGUCGUGUCCGAUUCUUCGUGACCCCAUGGACCAUAGCCCGCCAGGCACUCCUGUCUUCCACUGCCUCCCGCAGUUUGGUCAGACUCAUGUUCGUAGCUUCGAGAACACUGUCCAACCAUCUCGUCCUCUGUCGUCCCCUUCUCCUAAUCUCAAAUGUACUUUGCUUAAAAUAAUUUAAACCCACACCCCUUCAGCAGAAAGAGAUCCAAACUUGUGACCAUUCUUCAACAGACAUUGAACAAUACAAGGUAAGGCUAUAUUAAGGAUUGCACAGUAGUUGUGUUGUAACAGCUAGAGACACUGCAUGUUGUAAAUCACCCUGUUUUACUCAGAUGGGCAGUAUAGACAUUUAAUUAAUAAAAAUAAUACAAGCAGUGCACUUUUAGCUGGCCUGAACUUUGCAAGCAGCUUUGCAAGCUCAGUCUAUAUUUGCUAAACUAUAAAAUGAUAAUCAAAUAAAUAUACUUCUAGCCAUGGCAUGAUUUUACUUUUGUUUUUAUUGGUAGCAUUGCUAUCAUACUGCUCCAAGGUGAGCCUGAUAUUGAAUACUUUACACAUUAAAAGUGUAUAUAUGGAAAAAUAUAGCAGCACAUGACUACCAUAUUUAGUAUGACAUAAAAUGGAAUGUGGAAAACAGUAAUAAGGUAUUUCUCCAUUGAAAGUUUAAUCUACUCUGUUCUCUCUUGUUAAGGUUUAUUACAGAAUGUUGAGUGAGCAGUUAAUGUAACAUUAUUCGAUAUUGUUGAUAGGCCAAGUGGAUAAUGGCACAAGCAGUAACUUGUGCCAUUGCAUCUUGGCCAGGUCUACCUCCCUGCAAAACGGCAUUUCCGUGCGCUGCUCUGGUUCACCAGAAGCGGCAUAGUCAUGCUGGCCACAUGACCUGGAAGCUCCCUUGGCCAAUAGAGCGAGAUGAGCGCCACAACCCCAGAGUCAGUCACGACUGGACCUAAUGGUCUGGGCUCCCUUUACCUUUACCUUACCUCCCUGCAAAGCAAAAACCUGCUCCAGACCUUUGCAAUCAAACUGUUACCAACUUUCAAAGAAGUGUUCUUAAGGCUCCAGUAUUAUUUUCACCACUAUUGCUGGAAUCCAGGUUGGCACCUUUUUACGAAUGCCAGUUUGGAUUCCAGCACAAUAAGACCCUCAUACCAUGAUCUAAAGUAUUUAAACAAAACAAAAAGCAAGGGUUACACAUGUUUUCAACACACAAGCUAUCUGGCCCCUGGAUUAUCCAUGAUUCAUAUGGAAUAACAAAAUGUGAAACUACUGAUUCCAAUGAUUGCAGUGGCUUAAAAAAAUGCCACCAUGAUAAUGGAAACUUGGCACCUGUGACUAGAUUAUUCAUUUAAGGAAUUUAUGUAAAGUGGGUGUACAGACAUGUAUAAAAAAUUAAUAAGAAUGGCUCCAUUCCUGAUUUUCUGUGAAAUACGCUCACUGUUUCAUUCUGCUAUGUGAUGAUGAGUUGAAAACUAAUUUAAUGCAUUUGGUUUCAUAUAAAGUCACCUAAAGGGGAAAAAACUGUUGGAAGCAACACUGAUUAGAGGGAGGGAAGGCUUGUAUUGUCAAAGUUUGUGUAUAAUUUAGGGAGGCAGGGAAUGGGAUUUUAUCUUUCCAGACACAAUUCCAGACAUUUCCCAGAUGUUUACACGAGAGGCUGUAAAAUAUAAAUUUAAUUUUAUCAGGAUAGACAGAUGUUUACGUCUCCUGGAAAGAUAAGCAUAACGUUAUUUAUGACACAGUGGCAAAUUUAUAUCAUUAUUUGCUUUUUCAAGCUUACUUUAUCAGACAUAUCUCAGUAUGUUUGAAUUUUUACUUCAGCAUGACUCAAUAAAUUAUAAAUACUCUAGUUCAUAGGAAAAUAUACAUGAGCUCUUUCACUUAUGAAGUCUUGAGGAUUAUCUGUGGAACAGAUGGUGGAUCACAAUGUCAAUCACUCAAUGCUAUAUAACAUAUCCACUUCAUUGUUGAAAUCAAUUUUUUCUAGUGUCCAAAAGAGGGAGUGUUUUGCAUUAUUUUCUUUGGUUUUCUAUCCAGGACAGUCUAGUGCAGAUGUUGAACAGGGUUGCUUGUUUAGAAAUCAGAAUCUUCACUGCCACCUGAAGAAAAGAGUGAAAAGGUGGUGAGAGUAUGGUACUGACCUGGUUAAGGCAUUCAUUUCCAGGCUUGCUAAUUUAGCAAGCAGGACAAGCAAGAAGACCACAUGCUCCCCCUCCUUUUCUUUCUCAGGACUUAACUCUUGGUUUAAUUAAACCACAGUUACCCAUUACAUCCAAAAUGGGGAGCUGUGUUUUAAUGUCAGUUUACUAACCAGGACCUUAAUUUAUAGUCUGAAGUUUAAGGUCCUGGUUAGUAAACUGAAAUUAAACCAGAAUUCCCUUUUGGGGAGCAGAACAACUAACUGUGAUUCUAUUAAACUAUAGUCUCACACAGUUACAUAUCUUGUAAGGGUGUUUGGUCUUAACAACACAGCCACAGGAUUCGGGAUUUAAUUCAGUACUGUCUGAGAAAAAUGUCACUUUUGAAACCAACUCUAUGCAACCACCAUGCCUCUAUAAUGGUUGUGUGAAUCAUUCUCAGUAAAAUAUUAAGACCAAAUCAUGUUAUGUAGCCCAUAUGACAUAAUAUUUCUUUGUUUUACGCGUAAUGAUAUCACUAUCUGCCAGUGGUUAUUUGAAGCCCCUCCCUCCAGGCAUUAGUCCCUGACUGCAGGACUGUCUGGCUGCAGUAUUGUCCUCUCUUAACAGUGUCCAAAGUAUAACUUCUGACACUUUGUGUUGUAGAAGUAGGUAAGUAUUUUCUAUUGACAAAUGUACAUUUUGAAAUUGUGAGAUUGGAUUAUAAACCAGCCAGCUGCCAUGCCAGCCCAAUAUCUAUAUUAGAUUAGCCCAGGUCAUUAGUGAGAUUUAUCUACAUAGUCAAAUCUUUUAUCAGGUCAGGUCUUGACUUGACUUAACGUAAGCCAUAAUCAGAGAUUGUAUUACUGAUGCUGUCUAAUAUAUAUUUGAAGAUCACAAAAGUAAUCUGUAUCUUUGGGAUCAUGUGACAUCAGUAUGCUGUUAAUGCUCAGUUAACAUAUCUUUAACAAGGUGCUUGGAAACUUAGAAUCAUAAAAUUGUAGUUGGAAAGGACCCUAAGGGUCAUCUACUCCAACCUCCUGAAGUGCAGGAAUCUCAACUAGUGGAUCACAAUGUCAAUCACUCAAUGCUAUAUAACAUAUCCAUUGUUGAAAUCAAUUAUCUCAACUAGAUAAUUAAUGGCUGAUGGCUUUCCAGCCUCUGCUUAAAAACCUCCAAGGAAGGAGAGUCCACAACUUCUUGUGGGAGUCUGUUCCACUGUCAAACAGCUCUUGCUGUCAGAAAGUUCUUGAUGAUGUUCAGUUGUGAUCUCUUUUCUUGUAACUUGAAUACAUUGGUUCAUGCCCCACUUUCCAGAGUAGGAGAAAAUGAGCAUGCUUCAUCUUGACAGCCUUUUAGAUAUUUGAAGAUGGCUAUCAUAUCAUAUCUCCUCUGUCUCCUCAUUUACAUGCUAAACAAACCCAGCUUCCUCAACCAUUCCUCAUAAGGCUUGGUUUCCAGACAUUAAUCUUUGUUGCCCUCAUCUGCACACGUUCCUGCUUGUCAAUAUCCUUCUUAAAUUGUGGAAAGCAGAACUGGACACAGUACUCUACUUGUGGUCUGCCCAAGGUAGACUAGAGAGGUGCUUUGUCUUCCCUUGAGCUGGGCACUAAACUUUGCUGUUGAUGCAGCCUAGAAUAGCAAUAGCUUUUUUUGCUACUGCAUCACACUGUCGACUCACGUUAAAGUUGUGGUCUGCCAAGACCUCUAGAUCCUUUUCACAUCUAGUCCUGGUGAGCCAUGUGUUCCCCAUCAAGGUGUGCAACUGGUUCUUCCUAAGUGCUGAACCUUACAUUUGUCUCUAUUGUAAUUCAUUUUGUUAGUUUGUUAGCCUAGUUCUCCAAUCUGUUAAGGUCAUCCUGAAUAUUGAUUCUCGAUUCUGUCUUCUGUGACAUUAGCUACCCAUCCUAGUUUUUGUGUCAUCUGCAGACUGGAUGAGCAUUUCCUUAAUUCCAUCAUCCAAAUUGUUUAUGAGACAUUGAACAGCAAUGGACCCAGCACAGAACCCUAUGGCAGUGUUUCUCAACCUUUUUUGGGCCACAGCACACUUGUUCCGUGAAAAAAAUCACGAGGCACACCACCAUUAAAAAAGUUAAAAAAAUUAACUCUGUGCCGCCCUAUAUUAUAAUUAUGACUGUAAAAAACACUUGCCAAAUAUUGCUUUCCGGCGGGUUAGUGUUGUUUAUUGGCGGCCGCCAGGCUCGUUUGCACUGAGCCUUGGGAAAGAGGAGAAAUAUUGCUUUCCGGCGGGUCAGCGCUGUUUAUUGGCAGCCGCCAGGCACGUGACAAUGCAAAUUGCCCUUCUCGUCGCCGCACGUCGCGGCACACCAGCCAGCGUCUCGCGGCACACUAGUGUGUCGCGGAACAGCGGUUGAGAAACGCUGCCCUAUGGCACCCCACUUGUCACUUUUUUCCAGGAUGGCGAGAAACUGUUAGUGAGCACUGUUUUAGUGCAAAUGUUGAACAGUGCUCACUUAUCUAAGAGUUUGUCCUUAUUUUCCUACAUGUGGCUUAUCUGGGGGAGAUAAACCACAAGCCUGGGUCCAGGUGUAGUGGUAAACCAAUCCAUGGCUUAGCAUCUGGUAGUGUGGGAACAGUGGGUGAAAUCUCUGCUCUGGUAACACACAGGUAAGCUAGUUUGAUUUAGCAUUAUGAGCGAGCACAGCCUGUGAACUUGCUAACUAAUUAGUUGUGAAUUAGCUAGUGAGCUAAGCUUAUAGUAGCAUAGGGUUCAUUUCUUGGUUAUGUCAGACAAUUCUGGAAGAUUGAGAUUCUACAUUGACAACUGGUUGCAAAUGUGAAUUUCUGUAUUUUUAGAUAGAUGGCACAAGUGCUCAUUUUCCCCUAAUCAGGAGCUUUUGCUUUUAGGUACAACCCAGACAAACCAUAUGCAUAUGAAGAAGUGUGCAUGCACAUGAAAGCUUAUACCAAGGUGCUACUGGACAAUUUUUUUUUAAAAAAAAUUAUAUAUAUUUCAAACCCAGACAAAACCUUAGUGCAAUAAUUCAUAGUUAUUAGCACAUACCUACUACUGAAAUCAAUGGGGCCUAGCAGUGUUUAAUUUGGGGUGGCUUGAACUUGCAUGCCUAGGGUUAGGUUGCCGAGAUUCUGUUGACUCUCCCCUCCCCCUCUUAAAAUCACAUCAUUUUGAAAAGUAUGCCUGACUGGUUAGGUUUUAAUUUUUAAUUUCUCUCUUUUUUAAAAAAGCCACCGUUUAUGGAAGAGAAAUCCAAAGUUUUUUAGCGGGGCUGGGGAUGAGAAAGAAACAGAAAGGGCAAAAAUACACAGAAUAUGUUCUAAAACGCAGCCCGCUCCAGCAACCGCUAACGGCUGACCUGAGGGAACGGUUGUACCGUGUUCAUAAAAUUCUCCCUCGUCCGUCCGUUUACUUUUGAACUGAAUCUUCCGAAGCGGUUGAUUGGCUCGAGACAGCCGGCUUGUCCAAGCGCAUGCGCAGCAGCGAGCUACCGUGGCUGCUUCCCUUUCCUCCUUUCCGGCGAUUCUGAUUGGAGGAGGAGGGGAAGAAGGGUUUAGCAGCCCCCGGCCGGGAUCCAUUCAGUGGAAGCUGAGAGGAAUUUACGGGGAGCGAGCGAUCUGCUGCUGCAGGUGGAGAUAAAUAGAAAACUGUUAUUUCUAGAAUAUACCAAUCCCAGGGCUGACAAAUACUACUUCACUAUAUCUUCUCGUCUGCUGCACUGAGUAUACUUGGGCCACUCCAUCACUCUUGAUUCAGAAAGAGAGCAGAACUACUUGCACUUGAAGGAGGGUACUGUUGCAUCUCUUGAGUCACUGCUCCAGGCUUGCUUCCUUCCAAGUUGGUAGCAUAUACUGAUCAUUAGCUCCUGCAGAAAUUCAAGAGGUGGGCUCCUCUAAGAGUGAGAAAUCUUUAUCCUAACAUUCUCUAAAAGGAAGCCUUAUUUGAGUCUGAGUGAACUAUGUCUUCAGUUUUAAUACAGAUCAGUGUGGGAAAGUUAUUUAAAACAUAUUGUUUCCUUUAAAGCUUGCAGCUUUAUUACCUUUUUAUUAUUAUUCCCUUCUAAUCAGUUUAGUUGGGCAUAUAGCAUCUCAUUUUAAUUUUAUCCUUAUAAGUGAUCUAGGUAGGUUAGGCUGAGAAUUGGUGACCAGCACAAGGCCACCCACUCAGCUUCAUGGCUGAGUAGGGAUUUGAACAUGAGUAGGCAGCCCUAGUCUGACAAGAAAAGUCCUGCAAUGAUGAACAAGUGCAUUUAUGGCUUAAAUGUUGCUGAUGACAUAAAUGAACCUCAAUACACUCUUUAGUUUAUCUGUGGUAAUACAUCCAUUGCUUAAGAGGAAAUGUUUUCUAAGUGUCUUUUUGCAUAGCUAAUGUAUACUUUUAUUUAAGAACAGAAAUGUACUUGACUAAAAAUAUAUAUAGAAAACCUAUGACAUUAGCCCUAUAUACGGUAAACUGUAUGUAUGAGUGGGGGGUAUAAUUUAGAUAUAUACUUUAUAGGUCAUAAGCAGCACUGAUUUAUCUGAUCAUAUGGUCCAUGUAUGAUGGUUUGACAGAAACCCCUUUCUUGCUUCAUUAGAGGGUUGUGCUGAUUAUAGCUUGGCAACACAUCGUUUUAUAGAGUAAGUGGGAAUCCGUAAUAUAUAACUGAUUAGUCUUUGGCCAAUUCCACAUUUUUUAAAAAGAAAAAAUAAUUUCUUUAUUAUUUUCUUAAACUAUGUAGCACCACCCACGUCCAUGUUGAAAUAGACAUGUGAUAAAAACUGUAGAUUAAUUAAACUGACUUGAUUCAAUAGAUUUUACAUAUAUAUAAUUUGAAAAACGUUUCCCUUUAUUUUUAGGAAAUGCAUCAUUUUGAAGAGGAACUAACUUGUUCCAUUUGCUAUAGUAUAUUUGAUGACCCUCGUGUACUGCCAUGUUCACAUACUUUUUGUAGAAACUGUUUGGAAAGUGUUCUUCAGUUAUCAGGCAGCUUUUCCAUAUGGAGACCCUUAAGACUUCCACUGAAGUGUCCCAAUUGUAGAAGCAUUGUUGAAAUUCCACCGACUGGCACAGAAUCUUUGCCUGUCAACUUUGUAUUAAAGGCUAUAAUUGAAAAGUAUCAGCAAGAGGACCAUCCAGAUGUUGCUACGUGUAGUGAACAUUAUAGACAACCUCUAAAUGUUUACUGUCUUCAAGACAAAAAACUGGUAUGUGGCCAUUGUCUUACAAUAGGAAAACACCAUGGCCAUCCCAUAGACGACCUUCAAAGUGCCUACAUGAAAGAAAAGGAAACUCCUGGCAAACUCCUUGAGCAGCUGACAGAUAAACACUGGAGUGAAGUGUGUUUACUUAUUGAAAACCUGGAAGAACAUAAAGCUCAAUGUGAGAGCAUUGUCCAGGAGGAUAAAAAAACUGUCUUGCAAUAUUUCAAGAGACUCAGUGAUUUACUUGAUCAUAAAAAACAAGCUUUGCUUGCAGCUUUGGAAGAAGUGAACAUGCAAAUUGAGACAGAAUACGAACCUCUAAUUGAAAAUAUGAAGGGCAUUCGGGAAGAACAACUUGAAUUGAUGUCACUGAAUACAGCCAUUCAGGAGGAGGAAUCUCCCCUCUUAUUUCUGGAGAAGGUUGAUGAUAUUCGCCAGCGUGUUAAAGCUUUGAAGGAAAAGCAGUUACCAAAUAUAAAGCCUGUUGAAAUCUACCCGCGAAUAGGGCAGGUGCUGAAAGAUGUGUGGUCCAAAAGUGAAAUUAGUCAGGUCAACAAGAUUCUCAUUCCCAAAAUAAAGCUAAUUUCAAAAGAAAAAAUAUGCAGCCAUGGCUAUGAAAAGGAGAAGAAACCACGUAAAGAAUUCUUCAGGACCUUAAAACCUCUGGCAGUUAUACUGACUUCCUUAGUUGUGGCUACUAUUAUCUUUAGCCAACAUUUCUUUCCAUUUGUAAAGGAAGUAGCAUUCCCCUUUGUUAUGGAUUCCUUGGAAACAGUCUAUCAAGAUUUUAGUAAGAGGUUUCAGAUAGUGGUGGAAAACCUGUGGUAUACCUCCAAUUUUCUACUUGAAUACCUAUACAGAAUAUUUCCUACUUCCAUGUGAAUAUUUCAAGUAGAAACCUGUGCUAUAUUAAGGGUCUAUAUUAGAAUGGUAGCCGUUAAGAUCAGAUGAUUGAGCCUACUGGCCGAUUUACCAGCAACAAUUUAUAAUAAGGGGAUGAAAUUUUUAUUAAAAUGAAACCAAUACCUGGGAAUUUCUGGUCUCAGAUUAUGUUCACAGACUGAUAUAAGUAAAGAUUAAAGUGUAAAUAAUGUAUUAAAAAAAGAAGUAGGAAAGAUUAAAGGGUCCUGUAAAGGCAGUCUGGGAGCUAUAGUAGACUUUCCCUUGAAUUGGCAUCCUCUGCUAUCACAUCUUUGUGACCUUCAAUCCUCGUUUGUCUUACACUUUUACAGAUUUUAUAAACGCUACUUCCAAAGUAUUAUUUAGUACAAAAAGAGCUGGAAUGAAUGUCAUAGUAUUUUAGUGACACAUUAAUCUUAAGUACCCUAUAACCUUCCACUAAUUUUCUUAGUUGUCCCAUCUGUGUUUAAUGUUUUAAGUACCAAAGAUUUCAAAAUGCAUUUUUUCCUGGAAAACAAAGUUAAUUAUUAACUCGUAUGAAAAAUAGCUGCCAAUAAAUCCCAAAGCGUCAAAACAGCAUGUCUGGGAACAUUAGAAGGUGUUUGCAUUACAGCUGUUGUAGGAAAUCACAAAACCCUUCAAACAAGAACCUGUAUAUGUAUUUUAGUGAUUAUGUUAGGGAUAUACGCAGAAGGCAAGAGUAUGCCUUAAUUGAAACGGGAGUUUUUCUGCUGGCAUAAGACUUGGUGGAUUCAAUGUUUCUGUAUGUUCACUGUACAGUUUUGUAUAAAUGAAUUACACAUUUUAUCAAAUUAGAGAUGUAGACUUUUCAACAGACUAUGUUGCUUAUCUCAUAAUACACCACACUUCUUAAUACUUCAACUCAGAAAUAGGUCUCUUACUUUUUAUGAAGCUUACUUCAGAGUGGGCUGAUCAUAAUCUAUUACAAAUCUCACAGGAUUUCUACCUUUAUGGCUCAACAGAGGUUUGAACGAGUCAGUUCUAAGAAGGGCGCUGGAACAUUUUUCUUAUAAAUACCUUAGAAGUGCCUCCUGUUGAGAUUCAAGACUAGACAUAACCCCUACAGGCAACAGCCCCAUCUAAGUUCCAAGAUGUCAUGUCACUCCAAAUGUGUAAGUUACAGGAAAUGAAUGUUCCUUUGGACAAGUGUAUAUAUGUGUCCUGCACUGAUCAUCUAAAGUUUUCAGCACACACCUGGAUGUGGAUUGUAUGUUUAAAUAGGCACUGCUGCAUUUGGUAUAAGCUAUUCCAUAUCUAUAGGGUGUUAGGUGAGGGGUAGUACUUCUGGUGGGGGACGUCAUGCUCCUGGGGUAGUUUGCCAACUCACGGUCCCCUCCGUACUAUCCCUGCAUGCAAAGACAGGCUGCAGUGGAUUGAGCGGAUGAGACCAAUAGUAGGUCCAAUGGUCAAGAAGGUUUUUUUGUUUUGUUUUUUUUGCAUGUUGCUGUAGAGGGAGAAUUGAGGGGCAAAUGUGGCUCAUCGACCUGGGAAAGCAGCCCACCUGGGAGAAGGAAGACAUACUAAAUCCUUGCCUUGCAGAAUACUGUAUUGGCCUGAAUAUAAGCCUCACGUUUUCCCCAAAUUCCAACCGUAAAAAGAGUGUGGCAUAAAUUCACAACCUUACAAAAGCUGGCUUUGAUGAUAGGCUUAUAGUCAGGUAUUGUCUAUUCCCCCUUGACUUUUAAAGGUGUGGAUUAUAUUUGGGUGCAGCUUAUAUUCGGGCCAAUAUGGUAUCUGUAGGAGGUGGCGGUGCCUUGUACGCUUCUUUCUGGCAACUCCUGCAUCCAUGUUGGUGCCAAAUAUAUUGCUCUACUUUACUUUGGACCACAUCACAAGAGCCAAAUGGGAACUGAAAACUAAACUUACAAUGCUUAGGACUUGGAUGGUGGGCAGCUACACAUCGAUACCUUGCCUAGUGGAGCAGUCCCUAUGGGAUUUAUAUUUUGGUUGUUCACCCACCAUGGCCUUAUGUAACUUGUACCUGUAAUUUACUUCCUAAGAAUUGUGGGGCUUUUUAUUACGUAUUCAGUUUCAUGCUUUUAAAAUGUAAAAAAAAAAGUAUUGAAGUUAUUUUUCCAGUUUUUCGGAUUGCAGAAUUUGUACUUUCCAUGUACUAAUAUCUUAAUCUUCAUUACAGCAAACGUUUGCUGACAAUU